UUCCCUCUUUCCAUCUUCCAUCGAGAAAUCCUCCAUCGAGCGCAAAAAUCCGGCCUCUGUCACAGAAAUCCGGCAGUUAGUCCUACAAGACUCUUUCAGAAAUCCAGGAGGGAGGAAAAGAUACAUUCGGCCCGAUACGCGUCCCAUCCGACAAGAUUCUCCUAAGAACAGGGAAUUGUUGGGUGCAUUUUGGGAUAAGCUAUCUUUGGAUGAGGCAAUGGAGAUUGCAUCGUUGAAGAAUGCGACACUAGAGAGUAAGAUAUGUGGGUCCACUACAUUCAUCUGGAUUUCCUCCUCUUCAUGCUUCUCAAAGGUUUUGGAAGACUGCCCUAGUGAUCUUAGUUUUUGGUAUUGUCACAUUUCUAAAGGUGCAUGGCCUUUCUCAACUAGAGAUCAUGGAUGGCCCAUAUCAGAUUACACUGCAGAAGGUUUAAAGGAGUAUCUAAGCAAUCCUGUGCAAGUAAAGGUGGGAAAAGUAAGUAGCCCGACAGCAAACGUAUCUCAGAUUUUAGAGAAGGUUACUGAAAGCGAGAAGGUUAGCUUAUCUGGAAACUUAUGUGAAAAGUAAGGUAAGCUUGAAAUUUUAUUUUCUGAAUUAGUGCUUGAAUAUUGAUAAUCGUAUUUGUAAGUUAGAUAAUUAGUUACUCGUUUAAGGAUGAUGAAUGUUUCAAUUUCUUGGAUGGAUGAUGAAUGUAUUUGCGAAUGUAAAUGAAAAUAAAGAACUUAUAAUAUAUAUAUAUAUAUAUAUAU